AUGUGGCAAUCUGAUGGUGGAGUGGCAGAGAGCUUGAUGGCAGCGCUUCGGAGAGCUUUGGCAGUUCACCGACAAGGAAGCCACUCAAGGAGAAAACAAAAGGGUUAUCAGGAUACUCUUCUGGUGCACUCAUUGAGGCAAUUUUAUCGCGAUUGCCAAAUAUACAGUACCAUUGAUUUCAUCUUCGGAGAUGCAUCAGCAGUUUUUCAAAAUCGUGACAUCUUUCUAAGAAGGCCAAUGGACCGCCAGGCCAACAUGAUAACUGCACAGGGAAGGGAUGAUCCAAAUGAAAACAUGGGAAUUUCAAUCGUCAAUUCUCGGGUGGCACCUACAUCUGGUUUUCAUGCUGUUAAAGGUUGUUUCAGGAAUUAUCUAGGGCGGCCGUGGAAGAAAUACUCAAGGACUGUUCUUGUAGACGGAUUUAGAUGGCUUCAUUGA